GCUGGAGAUGGGAAGAUUGUUUCUAUGAAACCAUCAAGCGCCGCAGACCACGACGGUGUGGCCAAGAUUGGCAAUGUCGGGCAACCGAAAGCGGUAGACCUGGGAACGGAGGACAAGACGGCAAGCACAGAGAGCGAAGAGGAACAUAAGAUUGAGACUGAGCUCAACGACAUCCUCAAGAAAGGCCCCAUCAUCAUCUUCAGCAAGAGCUACUGCCCAUUUAGCAAGAAAGCGAAGCACAUCCUGCUUGACCUGUACACUAUCGACCCGCCACCAUACGUGGUGGAGCUGGACCAACAUGAGCUUGGCACUGGCCUGCAAGCAGCGCUCGAGAAAAGUACAGGGAGGAGGACCGUGCCGAAUGUGCUUAUCAACGGCAAGUCAAUCGGUGGCGGUGACGAUAUCGAAGCUUUGCAUAACGACGAUAAACUUGUCGAGACUGUGCAGUCGAUGGGUGGAAAGAGGAUCGUCGAGGUGAAGAAG